AUGGGCUCGGAGAACCGACUGUGGGCGCCACUCAACCACAAGCGCUGCUGGGGAUCGGCCGAAGAUCCGGCCGUGGACCCGAGUGGCAACUCGGAGUACCGCCACUUUGUCGCCAACGCGAACAUGCUCUGCUUGCCCAAGAACGCCAGCCCGCACGUGUCAGUUCCUAAGCAGCUGGGCCACCCCGUCAUUUCUGAAGUCUUCCUUGCCUUUGAAGGAAACAAGCCCGGAUCGCAGCUUGUGUUGUGGGGAAGCCGCUACUCGGCGGUUCUGGUCAAGUACUCCCUCAGGCUUGUGGAUGUGUGUUGCAGUCCUUUUGAGGACACGGAGCCUCAGAUCUUCCAUGCGGAGGAGUUGGACUUGCAGAUCAGGGUCAAUGAGCGUCUGGUCCACUUUACCGUCACAUCCCAAUACUCCCAUUACCACACGCCUUCCUUGUCGCACUUUCGUGUUCCCCACGACAAGCUCCGGCGGGAAUGGAAUCGCCAUGUGGACCCUCGCGUCAGGCUCACCUGGCGCCAGCCGAAAACGUAG